AUGGCAACGACUGACGAAUGCUGUACAUUGCAGAUGGAAUCUCGGCUAAAUAGCAAAUCGCGCAUACCGCAAGCUGGGUUGACUGAGAUGAAUUCAGCGAAGACCAACUCGCGAUCAGGGCUGAAACCACCAGGAUUUGCAACAGCUGGACUCAAGCCAUCAGCUACGUCGAAAACAUCUACGACAACGAACCGCCACCAUCAACCAUCCGCUUCCACCUCCAAGAUACCCAAUGGUGCACCAAGGGCUCAUUCCAGGACAAACUCAUUUUCCUCGUCGGUCUCUACCCGGACGACCCAGUCUCGAGCAACAUCGGCCUCUUCCUCUCAGACUGUGGGAACGGGCUCUCGAGCAGCGAGACCUCAGACAUCUAUGACCCAACGGAAACCUGGCGCAACUUCCAUUGCACGACCGCAUACUUCACUAGAUACCCAUGAGGAGGAAUCCCCGAACAGUGUGUUAGGCAAAAGAAAGGGUAUGCAAAAUUCCUUAAAGCCUUAUCAAGUUACCCCUGGAUCGUACGAUAAGCACCUCAAUUGCACAAUACAAUGGACCCCCCCUUUCAUCCCAUCUUCCACUCCCGAUGGCCUGCCUCCCCAACGCAGAGAUGCCUCAAUAAGUACCCUUAUGAGCAAGUUAUCUUUAUCAGACCCCGUGACUGCCCCAGAAGAUCAAGUUAAACCGGCAAAGAAAACCUGCAAGAUCCCCUCCCGCCCUAAGUCCACAAGGUUACCUCUACGUCAAACAAAGUCUACACAAUUGGCACAUUCCCCAUCCCGUCGCAAGCUUGGCUCUCCUCAAAAGAAAGAAUCUGUCACACCGUUUCUAACCAAGUAUUCUCAAAUAAAAGCCUGGGAUGAGACUAGGUUCCAGGAUUUCGAAUCUUUUACAAGCAAUUUUUUCGAAAAAUUUACACAAGUUAGUCAAAACAGCGAUGUCAUGAAGGAUGCCGUCAACAUAUACAAAUCACGAGUUGACGAGCUCGAGAGAAAUCGAGAUGAGCUCUUGACCACCAAUUGUUCGCUUCGUAUCGAGGUGGAGUCGAUGAAAAAUAAAGUCUCGACCGCUGAGGAGGCGGUAAAGAUUGCAGAAACAGAACAUGAGAUUGCCAUGGAUGAGUACGAGCAGCGUUUGCGCAUCGAGACCGAUACGGUUCGUGAGGAGAGUCAGAAGCAACUACAGCUUUUGAUUUCACAGCAUCAAAACGAAAUUGAGGAUCUGCGUCUGCGCCAUCAGAGAGAGCUUGACGAUGAACGCACUACCUAUCAACGUGAACUCGGCCAGGUAAACUCACAGAAUGCCCUCGAAACACAGAAGGUCCAUUUGGAGGUAGCGAAUAAAGACAGGCAGAUUGAAUCCCUCCAGCGCGAUUUGCGUGCUGCCCUUGACGAUAUAGAAGCUGAGAAAUCAAAGAAUCGGGAACUCCGUGGUCAUUUGGGUACUGCAAGUAACAAUACUUUGACUCUGGAAUCAUCAAUUCGCGCUUUGAAAGCAAGAAUCGAAUUCCUGGAAUCCGGCAGCCAAGAGCAGUCUCAAGCGUUUGAACGCCUUCAGAAACAAUUAGAAGAUGCCCUCGCAGAGACAAACGAAGCGAAGGAGAAGCUACGUAAAGAGGAGACACUUCGACGCAAGCUACACAACCAGGUGCAAGAAUUGAAGGGAAAUAUUCGCGUUUUCUGUCGUGUUCGACCACCUCUCGCUUCAGAGCCGGAAUCCGAUAUUGCGCAAAUCGCUUUUCCCGACGAUGCAGAAGAUUGCAAAGAAAUUGCAAUAAUGGGUCCUGAAGAGAGAAGCAGCCUUGGAACUGUAUCCCGCAAGAAUAACGCAUUUUCCUUCGAUCGUGUUUUUGGACCUAGUAACCAGAAUGCUGAUGUUUUUGAAGAAAUCAGUCAGUUGGUCCAGAGUGCUCUUGACGGCUACAACGUGUGUAUUUUCUGCUAUGGACAGACCGGAAGCGGUAAGACACACACCAUGUCGUCCGCAGAUGGCAUGAUUCCACGUGCUGUUCACCAGAUUUAUGAUACUGCAAAAAGCUUGGAAGAAAAGGGGUGGACUUACACCAUGGAGGGCAACUUUGUUGAAGUCUACAACGAGAACUUGAAUGAUCUUCUUGGAAAAGCCGAUGAUCUGGAUAAGAAGAGGCAUGAAAUUCGGCAUGACAUGCAGAGGUGCAAAACCACGAUUACGGAUGUCACCACUGUUACACUCGAUUCUCCUGAGAUGGUUGAGUCGAUCCUUAAGCGCGCAGCCGCCAAUCGAUCUGUCGCAGCAACAAAAGCAAAUGAGAGAUCAUCCAGGUCACAUUCCGUAUUUAUUCUGCGACUACUCGGCCAUAACACCAUAACAGGAGAGCGGUGCGAAGGAACACUCAAUCUGGUUGACCUCGCUGGUAGUGAGCGACUCAGUCACAGUGGUGCAACAGGGGAACGUCUGAAGGAAACACAGAAUAUCAACCGAAGUUUGAGCUGCUUGGGAGAUGUUAUCGGCGCAUUGGGCUCAGGCAAAGAGGGUGGACACAUUCCGUACAGAAACAGCAAGCUUACAUAUCUGUUGCAAUUUUCGCUGGGUGGCAACUCUAAGACGCUGAUGUUCGUCAUGGUCAGUCCUCUGCAGGCACAUCUUGGGGAGACCCUGACGAGUCUGAAGUUCGCCACAAAAGUACAUAAUACACACAUUGGAACUGCGAAACGUGUCUCAAAGAUACAGAAUUAAGCAGCUACUGAUAACCUUUCUUUACGAUAUGAUACCACGAGUGACUGUUGGCCUUUUCUCGAAUUGCAUUGGUGUUUGGAGUUCAUGUUCUUUUGUUGAUUCCCUUUUGGCUUUUGCUAUAUGACUGUCUUUCACUUCCACACUACAUCUUAUGUAGGAUGUCACGUCGUCUUCGUUUCGGUUUGGUCUUUCUGCUCCUGACUGCAGUAUUGAACAUAUUUGUGUAGCUGUGCAGCUGAAGAUUUCGUUCGAGUAUUUAUUUUUUUUUUUUUUAAAGUGUCGAUAGAGAUGAGUAUAUUGACGUUAUUGAUCGCC